AUGGCAGAGGAAUUAUCUCAAAAUCAGAAAACAGAACAAAAACCAUUUGAAAAAGGAUGUCUUUUAAUAGAAUUUAUCCUUAACCGUUGUGAAUUUACAGUAUCUCGUCUUCCAUCACUUUAUUCCGACUUUUCUGUCUUAAAAGAAUCAAAUCCUGAUGGAUACAAAGCAAAUGUUUGUGCAUGGAAAUAUGCACUUCAGGAGGCUGUUUGGGCCGGUAGAAUCACUUGGAGAGACGAUUAUCUUGUUAUUUACUGUGAUAACAAGCUUUUUGCUUCGCUUUAUACAGCAAAAUAUGGCACUCCUUUAGGCAUAGUAGAAACAAUGGAGGAGGCAUUGUCUAGUGGUGACUGGGUGCGUCUGGAUUGUUUUUUGAAGAAGAAAAAGCCUAUUUACGCUUAUCUUGUUUCGUUUUUGUCUGGCAUGAUCACCUGGACUUUGCGAGGAAUCGGCAUCUUGGGCCGCAAAAACCACCGUUUCAACACUGUCUGUGUGAUCAUGCAGCACGUUGAGUGUGCUUCUAAUGCCUUUCUUGCUUUAGUUCAAGAUAGAACAAUGUACAGUGACCAUAUUUAUACUUUCGACGAACUUCUUUCCUGUUUUUCCGAUAAAAUACUUCCUUCUCGCACCCUUUCUAAACUAGACAUUCAAAUUAUUGUUUAUUAUCUUUCAGCUUACAAAAAGGAAAUUUGCACCUGUUCAAACGGCCAAGUCAUUAAAUUAAAGAGUAAAACUAAACCUGUCGCUGAUGAUGUCAAUCAAACCGAUAUACUGGUUUCAAAUCUCAAAACCGUCCGCAACCAGCUCCAACUCCUUGUCACCAUGCUCACCGAUAACGUUUCUAAGCUAGACGAGACCGUCAAGGCUGCCGUCAAAACUAAAAACAAGGCUUUGGCCCUCUUCCACCUUCGUUCCAGAAAAUCUUCUGAAUCCACCUUGGAAAAAAGGCUCCAAGCCCUUGAACAGAUCAAAGAAAUGCUUUCCAAAAUCGACGAGGCUGCUUUCAAUCUCGAUGUCCUUAAUUCAAUGAAAUCUGGGUCCGAUGUUCUCGAUGUCUUUCUCAAGAACAUUGGCGGCUUCGAAAAUGUCAAUGUCGUCAUUGAGAGAGCCAGAAUGCUUUCUUGUGAGCUUAAAGAUAUAGGAAAAGUUCUUGGCGAGGUCGAUCUCUCCGAGAUCUCUGAUGCACAGAUCGAACAGGAGUUCGAGGCUCUUCUCCGUGCCUUUGAUAGCUCCAAUAUCAAAGACACGGCCUCUGAUGCCGUUUCUUCUCUUCUUUCUCAGAUCGAUCAUCUCCCUCCGUCCUCUAUCGAUCCCUCUGUCUCCUGCUCUCCUUCCAGAAAACCUAUCAAGGUAAUUGAGUAA